UAUAUCGUAUCUACUUUAUAUGUAUAGUACGCAAUGUCUGACGCUGCACAUUAUCCACGUUUGUAGUAAUUUAUAAAGAAAUAUUGUACACAUUAAGUCUAUCGAAUGGUAUAAAGUUACAAAAAGUAAACAUAUUUGAAAAAAGAAAAAAUAUGCCUCAAUACUUGAUUAAAGUAAAAUGGGGAAAGGAGCUCUUUCCUGACGUAGAAGUUAAUACAGACGAAGAACCAAUGUUGUUUAAAGCACAACUGUUUGCACUGACAGGAGUGCAGCCUGAAAGACAAAAAGUAAUGAUGAAGGGAAUGACGUUAAAGGAUGAUAAUUGGGGUAACAUCAAAUUAAAAGAUGGAAUUACGGUCUUGAUGAUGGGUUCCAAAGAGGAAGACGUGCCAGUAGAGCCUACGGAAAAACCAUUAUUUUUAGAAGACAUGAACGAAUCUGAAUUAGCCACAGCCUUAGAUCUACCUGCUGGUUUAACAAAUUUAGGAAAUACGUGUUAUCUUAACGCGACUGUACAGUGCUUGAAAACUGUCCCUGAAUUGCGAGAUGCUUUAAAACAUUUUUCAGGUGGAUUCGCAGCUGUUUCGGGUACGUCGCUCGUACCUGUACCCGCGCAAAGUAUAACCGCUGCUUUAAGAGAUCUUUACGAUAGUAUGGAUAAGGGAUCGUCUUUGCCACCUGUUGUUCUCGUUCAAAUGAUGCACUUGGCAUUUCCAAGAUUCGCCGAGAAAUCUGAACAUGGCGGAUUUCAACAACAAGACGCUAACGAAUGUUGGACCGAAAUUAUUAGAAUGUUGCAACAAAAAUUACCGGCGAAGGAUAAUCCUGCGACUUCGGACGACAACGGAAAAAAUAGUAAGCCUCGAUCGUUGAUCGAGCAGUAUUUCGGAGGAACGUUCGACACGGAAUUAAAAUGUGUAGAAUCUGAAGACGAACCCCCCACUAAAGGAAAGGAAGAAUUUUUACAAUUAAGCUGUUUUAUUUCAACGGAAGUUAAAUACAUGCAUUCUGGACUUAGAAAUAAGAUGCAAGAACAAAUUACAAAAAUGUCAUCGACUCUAGGCAGAGAUGCGGUGUAUACAAAAACGUCAAAAAUUAGCAGACUGCCAGCGUAUUUAACUAUUCAAUUUGUACGUUUUUAUUAUAAAGAGAAAGAAGCAAUUAAUGCGAAAAUUCUAAAAGAUGUAAAAUUUCCUCUUGAAUUCGAUGCUUUCGAGUUGUGUAGCAGCGAACUUCAAAGUAAACUGACUCCUAUGCGUGAGAAAUUUAAAGAAUACGAAGAUAGUUUAGUAGAAGAAUCACGUAACGUAAAAGAUAACAAAAACAAAGGAAAUAAUAAGAAAAUGAAGCAACUGCCGUUUUGGUUUCCGGAUGAUUUAGGAUCGAACAACAGUGGCUAUUACACGUUACAAGCAGUUUUAACGCAUAGGGGACGGUCGAGUAGUAGCGGCCACUAUGUAGCUUGGGUUCGUCAAAAAAAUGAUAUUUGGUUAAAGUGCGACGAUGAAAUUGUUAGCUCUGUAACCAGCGAAGAAGUGCUGAGACUCAGUGGAGGUGGUGAUUGGCAUUGCGCAUACGUUCUUCUUUAUGGUCCAAAAGUUUUAGAAAUACCCGAUACGGAUAACAACGAAGAUUCAAAUACCAAGUAAUUCUUGUACAACAAAAACAUGUCCUUGCAAACUAAACGACUGUAACUAAACUUCCACUUUGCAUCUGUUAGGAAAAUGCAUUUUUCUUUUUUUUUAUACAAACGAAUAUCUUAAUAUAAUUUCAAUCGUAUGAUACUAUCAACUACUGUUUGCAAUAGCGAUUGUAACAUUUUUUUAAUAAAUCAUGAAAAUCAAACAAUGAUA